AGAAAGGAAGGAAGGUGAUAUUCAUUCGCAAUAUUCUCUCUCUCUCUCUCUCUCUCUCUCUCUCUCUCCAUUUUCAACACAAAAAUUCAGAGAGUAAUGGACGAACAUGACGCUGAUUGCAAUUUCAAUCACUGAUCAUCAAACAGAGGAUGUCACAACAAGCUGCUCAAGUCUCUUAUUGGAGGUUAAGGAUGGACAGAAUCGUAAAAAUGGAGACUCUAGCACUUUUAUGGAGUGUGUGUUUGGUAUCAUGGUGGGUUUUCUGAAAUCACGGUGAUUUUGCAAAAUCAUGAUGGGCCAUCGUGAAUUUAACAAACCCACCGUGAUACCAAACAUGCACAUUAGGGGGCAUGAAGAAAUAACGAAAAUUUUCUUGUCAAUCUAUUCUGCAUAGAGCAUCACUCAGGAUGCUGAAUUUAUCUGACUUGACAUGGGAUGGUGUUCUUACCUUUCAUGCGUAUUUUUGAAAAAUCAUGGCAUAUUUUUAUCUUUUACUCUAUAAUUUUGUAUGUAUUAAUUGUGUUUUGAGAUUUUGGUGUCCACUGCAGCUGUGGCUCUUGUGGAUACCCUCUGAACUUGACAUCUUCAAAUCGAAUCACAUCUAACAUUGCAUCUGAAUACCAAAAGUCUGUUAAGAAAGGGUCAAUCUCCUUUUCUUCCGUUGAUCUGAGCCGUUUUACACAGGUUGAUGAAAUAAACUGUCUUCCACUCGCAUGGUUGUAUCCUUCAAAGACUAAACUGCUUUGCCGUAAAUGUGGAGUUCAUAUUGGUUAUGGUUAUGGCGGAGAAUCGCACACGCUUUGUGGAUGUGAGCCUUCCAUUUCACCUGGCUCUCUGACAAAAUUCACCGUAAAGAUUCGCUCAUUACAACCUUCUUCAGAAGAGUCUUGAAAAGGUUGACAUGGAAGAUCUUUCAAAAAUUGGUGCUAGCUCCAUCAUGCACCUACCGGAUGACUGCCUUACUAUUAUUUUCCGUGCUUUGGAUUGUCCUACUGAUCGUGAAUCAUUUGGCUUGACUUGCCGCCGAUGGCUCCAUAUUCAAAAUUUCAACCGUCGAUCACUGCAAUUUGUGUGUUCGUUCAAUAUACUACAUCCUUCAUCUUUCUUGACAAAAAGUCUUGAUGUUCAAACAGUCCAUCUCCAUAGGUUGCUGAGGCGCUUUCAACAUUUAGAGUCUUUAUCUCUAUGUGGUUGCGCGGAGCUCAAUGAUUCAGGAUUAACCCGUUUGAUAAGCUACGGUUCAAAUUUACAAAAUCUUAAUCUGGAUUGUUGUUUUAAAGUCACUAACUACGGGUUAUCCCUGGUUGCAUCUGGUUGUCACUUAUUGACAACAAUUAGUCUCUAUCGGUGUCUUGGCAUUACUGAUGAAGGAUUAGAUACUUUAGCCACUGCUUGCCUAUCUCUGAAAUAUGUAAACCUCUCAUACUGCUCAAAAAUAUCCGACAAAGGGUUGAAAGCUCUUACUCAGCGGUGUCGCCAGCUUCAGGCCGUUAACAUAUCACACUGUGAGAGUAUAAGCGGCGUUGGCUUCAAAGGGUGUUCAAAAUCUCUCACCUAUGUAGAGGCCGAGUCUUGUAAGCUUAACCUGGAAGGGGUGACAGGAAUUAUUAGUGGUGGUGGUAUAGAGUAUCUAGACGUAUCUUGUUUAAGUUGGUCUCCUUUAGGAGAUCCCUUACAUGGAAUAAGUUUUUCCUCAAGCCUCAAAAUCCUCAACUUUCGAAUGUGCAGAACUGUUGCCAAUAGUUCUAUUAUUGCAAUAGCCAUGGGAUGUAAACUACUCGAAGAAUGGAACUUAGCAUUAUGUCAUGAGGUGAGGAUAUCUGGAUGGCAAGCAGUGGGGUAUUAUUGCCAGAAUUUGAAGAAACUGCAUGUUAAUCGAUGCCGCAAUCUCAAUGAUAAUGGCUUACAGGCAUUACGAGACGGUUGCAAAAGUCUCUCCAUUUUGUACAUGAAUGGUUGUGUUCACGUCACGCCUUUUGCAUUAGAGGUAUUCAAGUCUCACAGAGCCAAUGUUUGCAUAAAGGAAGUAGAGGUAAUGUGCAUAAGUCCUUACUUCCCAUUCAGAUGAUACUCUCUCUAGAGGAAGGUUUGCAUACAGCUGAGUGUUUAUGAUCAGUUGUUUGAAGAGAUCUUGAUUUGUAUAAAAUGUACUUUUAAACUUGUGGUUGCUUCUAUAUGUUAUACAUUAUUAUGUAGAUGCUACCAUCUAUAUAUAGAUUAUCACAUGUCAUAAUAAUUCUGGUAUUGGAUGGAGGUUGAGGUACAUUAGUAUUGUUAUUUGUACUCCUCACUGGAAUAAUACAUACUGUAAUUUUAAGAACAA